AUGUCUUUACUAACAAUUUUCGUUUCUUUUUCUCUCUUGAGUGUUACAUUUGCCCAAACUACACAAAAUAUUAAUGUUUUACUUAUAAAUGAAGAAAGCAAUGCAUUGGCUGAAAAGGCUUUUGAAGUAGCUAAGGAGUACGUGAGACGCAACCCAAACUUGGGUCUUGCGGUGGAUCCGGUUAUAGUAGUUGGUAACCGAACAGAAGCCAAAGCCUUUUUGGAGAACGUUUGCAGAAAAUAUAAUGACAUGAUUUUGGCGAAGAAGACUCCUCACGUGGUCCUGGACUUUACGAUGACUGGUGUGGGCUCGGAAACUAUUAAAUCAUUUACAGCAGCUUUAGGUUUACCUACGAUAUCUGGCUCUUUUGGUCAAGUUGGUGACCUAAGACAAUGGAGAUCUCUCAACAGUAAUCAAACGAAGUUUCUUCUGCAAGUCACACCACCGGCUGAUAUUCUACCGGAAGCUAUUAGAGCUAUUGUGACUAAACAAGAUAUAACGAACGCAGCUAUUAUAUUCGAUGAAUACUUUGUGAUGGAUCAUAAAUACAAAUCUUUGUUACAAAACAUUCCAACAAGGCAUGUAAUUACACCUGUGAAGAGUUUUGAGAUCAACGAAAUUAAAACGCAGUUGGAAAAUCUCCGUAAUCUGGAUAUAGUCAACUUUUUUAUCGUUGGUAGCUUGAGAAUGAUAAAGAACGUUCUAGAUGCGGCAGAUAAGAACCAGUAUUUUGGAAGAAAAACUGCUUGGUUUGCGUUAUCAUUGGAGAAAGGGGACAUAAGCUGUGGUUGUAAAAAUGCAACUAUAGUUCACAUGCGGCCAACGCCCGAUGCAAACAGUAGAGAUCGCCUGGGAAAGAUCAAAACCACAUACAGCAUGAACGGUGAACCAGAAAUUACAUCCGCCUUUUACUUCGACCUGUCUUUGAGAACGUUUUUAGCUAUCAAAUCACUACUGGAUUCUGGCAAGUGGCCAAACGACAUGAAAUAUAUUACAUGCGACGACUACGACGGUCAGAAUACACCAAAUAGGACCUUGAAUCUUAAAACAGCGUUCCAAGAGAUAAAAGAGACCCCCACAUACGCGCCUUUUUUUUUUCCGCAAGAUGAUCCUAUGAAUGGUAGGAGCUAUAUGGAGUUCAGCACCGAGCUGCUUGCUAUCACAGUCAAAGAUGGCGCCUCUAUUAGUAGUCAUUCAUUGGGUUCCUGGAAGGCAGGCCUCUCUUCGAACCUAACCUUGACUGACCCCAAUAACAUGAGUAAUUACUCCGCGGAGUUAGUUUAUAGAAUCGUCACAGUGGAGCAAAAACCAUUCAUUAUAAGAGACGAUAAACAACCAAAAGGUUUCAAAGGUUAUUGUAUCGAUUUGAUAGAAGAGAUUCGUCAAAUCGUUAAAUUUGAUUAUGAAAUAAGUGUAGUGCCGGACGGUAGCUUUGGCCUAAUGGACGAAAAUGGAAAUUGGAACGGAAUUAUUAAGGAACUUAUAGAUAAGAAAGCAGAUAUAGGUCUAGCUUCGAUGUCCGUCAUGGCCGAGCGGGAAAAUGUAGUGGACUUCACAGUGCCGUACUACGAUUUGGUUGGAAUAACGAUAAUGAUGAAACUGCCGAGAACACCGACAUCCCUGUUUAAAUUCCUAACUGUUCUAGAGAACGACGUGUGGCUGUCUAUACUGGCUGCAUAUUUCUUCACCAGCCUGCUCAUGUGGGUUUUCGACAGAUGGAGCCCAUAUAGCUAUCAAAAUAACAGAGAGAAAUAUAAAGAUGACGAAGAGAAAAGAGAGUUUACGCUGAAGGAGUGUCUAUGGUUUUGUAUGACGUCACUAACACCUCAAGGAGGAGGGGAGGCGCCAAAGAAUCUCUCUGGAAGACUGCUGGCUGCUACGUGGUGGUUGUUUGGUUUUAUCAUCAUAGCUUCCUACACAGCGAACUUAGCCGCUUUCUUAACAGUAUCCCGGCUGGACACUCCCAUAGAGUCUCUGGACGAUCUGUCGAAGCAGUACAAGAUUCAGUACGCGCCUGUCAAUGGCUCAGCCUCCAUGACGUACUUCCGAAGAAUGGCUGAUAUCGAAGAGAGGUUUUACGAAAUAUGGAAGGAAAUGAGUCUAAACGACAGCCUCAGUGAUGUCGAACGUGCAAAACUAGCCGUUUGGGACUACCCAGUCAGCGACAAAUAUAGCAAGAUGUGGCAGGCGAUGCAGGAGGCUGGCCUGCCAAAUACCAUAGAGGAAGCAAUCCAAAGAGUUCGAGAUUCAAAGAGUUCGAGUGAAGGAUUUGCUUGGCUGGGCGACGCUACGGAUGUAAAGUAUAACGUGAUGACUAGCUGUGACCUACAGACAGUUGGUGACGAGUUCUCGAGGAAACCGUAUGCGAUAGCUGUCCAGCAAGGAUCUCCUCUGAAGGACCAAUUUAAUAAUGCUAUCCUGCAACUGCUAAAUAAGCGUAAACUGGAAAAACUAAAAGAAAAUUGGUGGAACAACAAUGAACAGGCGCAGAAGUGUGAGAAGCAAGACGACCAGUCCGACGGCAUCUCAAUACAGAACAUAGGAGGAGUAUUUAUCGUGAUUUUCAUGGGCAUCGGACUGGCGUGCGUCACGCUGGGAGUCGAGUACUGGUGGUACAAGUGGAAGAAGAGGCCUCUCGUAGGGGCUGUUACUCAGGUAGAGCCAGCAAAACCAUCCAGGAAUAACGGCAAUCCUCAAAAAAUGGGGGACAGCUUUAAUUUCAGAUCAAGGAACAUGGGCAUCAACGUGAAAUCUAAGUUUUGA